UGCUAAAUCGAAACUGUUGGGCAUGUGACUCGGAUUCCGCCGCGCUAACGAAAUACAGACACCAAGAGACGGACGCACAAGCAUCGGCGCGAGCAAGCGCAUCGCCGAGCGCCAAAUACCAAGAGGCGGGCGCGCCAGCACCGGCACGAGCGAACACAUAGGCGAGCGCGAAUACCUAGAGAUGGGCGCAUCAGCGCCAGCGCGUCCGAGGGCAGCCCGAGUCCAGUAUUGACUAAAUUAGCGAGAAUGGGAAGCGACGUCGUGUCCCACCUAUCGGGUAGUCACAUCAUAGUCCUAGGUAUAAUGAAAGGCUAAGUGUACUUGUCCUAGGUAGAGAUAUGGCCUAGUCUUCUGACAUGUCAGUAGUCAUGUCACUAUGACAGGUCACCAUGUAGCCUAUAAAUAAGGCAUUUACUCCGGUGGGUGAGGGGAUCGGAUUUUUCUGACUCUUUCUCUAAGAUUAUCAACUUCUCUCUCUAAGAUAUUACCCUUUCAACUCAACUCCCUUCUUUUCCUUCUCUGUUCUUGGAUCCACGGCAGAUUCUCAUUGCUUAUUCUCCUCAACCCAUUUCCCCGAACCUCACUCCUACACUCAGUUAGGUUCAAACAAUUGGCGCCCACCGUGGGGCUGAGUAGAAAAAGUAACAGAAAUCCAACCAAUGGCAGAGCCCAACUCCAACUUUCCCGACGAGGUGACACCCAUCAAGGCUAUGACAACCCCGAGGGCGUUCGCCGAAGGGAGUAACCUCAACGCGGUGCUCGUUGAGGAAGAAGAGCCCGAGCUGACAGCCAAGGAAAUGAGGCAGUUGGUGGUAAAGCAAAACAGUGUCAUAGCUGAUAUGCAAAAGCAGAUGAGCCAAGUCCUCGUGCUCAUGAUGAGCAAGGAAGCCGCGACAGCACCAAGUGUUGCGCCUUUCCCACCACAACAAGGAGAGGCGUCAGGCGCAGCAGCGCCACCACAACAGGCGGAGGGCGCGUUGUCCGCAUCUGAAGCGCAACAAAUCGAACCGCCAGGGAGGGCGGACCUCAGUUUCUUGGAGCAACAUCUGACUCCGCAAUUCCGUCCUAACCCACCCAGAAAAAUCCUACAUCAACCGCUGAGCGCGGAAAUAAUGGUGGAGCACUUAAGCGGAACGCCGCCCACCCUCCCAACUUACAAUGGAACGACUGAUCCAAAGGAUCACGUCAGCACCUUCUGCCUGAGGAUGCAACUCCAGACUAACUCCAACGCGUCGCUAUGCAGAACCUUCCCAUCAACAUUCUCUAGAAUAUGCCUCGAUUGGGACAACCGCCUCCCAAACGGAAUCAUCCGCUCAUUCGAGGAGUUCAUACUCCUGUUCACCACAAAGUUCGCAUCCCAGAAAAGAAGGCCGCUUCACCUCAAAGCGCUAAUAGAUAUCAGGUAGAAGGACGGAGAAAGCUUGCGAGCAUUCUAUGCCAGAUGGUCCAGGGUGGCAAUGGCCGUGAGAGACCUCACCCCAGAAACUGCCGCCCAUCACCUCAUGGACACCUAACAUAGGCAUAGGCAUUAGGCACUAGUCGAUGACGUCGCAAGCUCCGCGCAUCGCCUGGGGGGCAUGGCACGCCCGCGGAGAGAAACAAAACCCACAAAAGUCCAAGCUUAGUAGAAAGCAUCACGCGCAGUCAAGUCAAUCGCGCGCAACAACAAAAACCAUCAGCCCAAAAAACUCCUCAAGAAUCAAACAGAACCGAGUCAAUCGCGCGGAAACCGAAUGGCGCCAGCUCUAAAUAACACCAGGGGGGCAUUACACACCCUCAGAAGUCCAAGCUUAUCAGAAAGUGUCACGUGCACAUGGCACACCCGCGGAUAGAAACAAAACCCACAAAAGUCCAAGCUUAGCAGAAAGCGUCACGCGCAGUCAAGUAAAUCGCGCGCAACAACAAAAACCACCAGCCCAAAAAACUCCUCAAGAAUCAAACAGAACCGAGUCAAUCGCGCGGAAACCGAAUGGCGCCAGCUCUAAAUAACACCAGGGGGGCAUGACACACCCUCAGAAGCCCAAGCUUAUCAGAAAGUGUCGCGCGUAGACAAGACGAUCGCGCGCAACAAUAAAAAAAAGAGAAGAGAAAAACACUAGUUCUGAUCCCAUGAGGAUCGCGCAGAAUUCAGAGUCAAUCGCGCACGAAGAUCCCGAAGAUCACGCGGACACGAGUCAAUCGCGCGGAAGUCAAACAGGCGGCGUUCGCAGAACACCCCCUGAUGGGGGGCAAUUGUUGGGCAUGUGACUCGGAUUCCGCCGCGCCAACGAAAUACAGACACCAGGAGACGGACGCACCAGCAUCGGCGCGAGCAAGCGCACCGCCGAGCGCCAAAUACCAAGAGGCGGGCGCGCCAGCACCGGCGCGAGCGAACACAUAGGCGAGCGCGAAUACCUAGAGAUGGGCGCAUUAGCGCCAGCGCGUUCGAGGGCAGCCCGAGUCCAGUAUUGACUAAAUUAGCGAGAAUGGGAAGCGACGUCGUGUCCCACCUAUCGGGUAGUCACAUCAUAGUCCUAUGUAUAAUGAAAGGCUAAGUGUACUUGUCCUAGGUAGGGAUAUGUCCUAGUCUUCUGACAUGUCAGUAGUCAUGUCACUAUGACAGGUCACCAUGUAACUAGUGAUGGCAAUUUCAAUCCGCCCCGCGGGUAUUACCCGACCUGACCCGCGAUGGGGCGGGUAUUACCCGACCCGCAGUAGCGUGGGGCGGGGCAUGGGUAUCUACUUCCGACCCGCUCUGCUCUGCCCCGCCCCGUUCUAGACUCAUUUUAUCUCAAUUUCUUACAAUUUUUAUAUAUAUUUCUCCUAUUUUGACUUUUCUUCAACUAGUUAGAGUCGCUCUUUCAACUUGUUAGACUCAAUUACCCAUUCUAUUAUCACUAUUUUUCAUUCUUAAAUUGUUUUACCCUUCGUUUUAUCGUAAAAAGUAAAAUUUAUUGGUAUUUUUUUCGAAUAACAUGUAAGAGUGGGUCGACCCGCCCCGCCCCGUACCCGCGCGGGUUUUACCCGCCCCGCCCCGUAGUAGCGUGGGGCGGGGCAUGGGAAUUGAGGUACCCGCCCCGCCCCGCCCCAUUGCCAUCACUACAUGUAACUCACCCACCACCAUGUAGCCUAUAAAUAAGGCAUUUACUCCGGUGAGUGAGGGGAUCAGAUUUUUCUGACUCUUUUUCUAAGAUUAUCAACUUCUCUCUCUAAGAUAUUACCCUUUCAACUCAACUCCCUUCUUUUCCUUUUCUGUUCUUGGACCCACAGCAGAUUCUAUUGCUUAUUCUCCUCAACCCAUUUCCCCGAACCUCACUCCUACACUCAGUUAGGUUCAAACAGAAACCAUAAAUCAACAUGGAAGAUUCAGUACUCCUUGGUAAGGUAAAAAAAUAUAUUUAUUCCCCAACAUCUUCGGAUUGGCUCGAAGAUUCAUUUAAGCUGGGAAGCGUCAUUUAAAUGGGAUAAACUUUUUACAAAGUGAAAUUGGGCAAGUAAAACAAAGUAUGAAUGGGAUCAGUAGUUGGAAUAACUAUCAUUAAGCAUAUAAACUAACCUGGAACGAAACUGACAAAAGGAGAAAGACAAACGAAAGGAGCAAGCCAAAGAAAGCAACAUCAACAUUAGUAUUCGUUUUUUAUCUCGUGGCGAUGCAUUUGAUUUGUUUCGUUUCAUGACACAAAGUUUGAUUUUACGCACCGUCUGUCUACUACUCUCCUAGAUUACUCCAUCUAGCUAUCUAUGCAUACGAACGAAUACGACGACGACGCCACCAAUAUUCUAAUUAUUACCAUGUCGCUGAACUGGCUACGAUGAUGACGAUGCUGCUGCAUCCACCACCACCGGGUGCGUUCCUUCAAGCUUAUCUGACACUCUGCCAUUGGUAACCCUCUCACUUGAGGAAUCGUAUAAUCCUUAUUGGGGCUUUGAUAAUUGGUUUGCUAAUAUGACAGUUAGACUCGUUUUCCUGUUUUCAAAUUCGAGUCUUGAAUACUCAUGAUAUCAAUUAGUUAUUAAACAAUAAACCAAUCACCCCCAAUAACUCGAGUUAUUAGGAAGUGAUUGUUAAUUUUUUUUUUUUAUCUCUUACACGCUUCCUCAAACGAAAGUCUAUUUGUAAGUUUUUUUUACCGUUUGCACAAGUUGAACAUACAUCCCUUAUACUGCUAAACCAUUAUGAUUUCAGUUUGUACAGGUUGGUCAUAUUAUCCUCUGUGCUAAAUCAUUGUUUAUAUUGAGGGUUAUCAUCAGGAUUCGAAAUCGUGACCUCUCGAUCGUAAACUUUGAACCAUGUUGAUUAAUAAGCGACUUAUUAUCUCAUACAACAUACUUAUGACAAAACAUUUCCAAUAAUAAGAAUUAUCGAAG